AUGCUGCAGUGGGACACGUCGAAUAAUUACUCGAAUGGCACCUCCGAAGAGAUCAUUGGGAAGGCUAUCAAAAAGUACAACCUCCCGCGACACAAACUCAUCCUCCUAACCAAAUGCUUGGCCCCUGUCAGCGAGCACGAGAAUGUAUUCGUAGUCCCAUAUGCCGAAGAGAUGAGGAAAGACAAAAAAUACGUUAAUCAGUUCGGUUACAUCGGCGCGAGCUCGAUGAGAACUUACCAAUUCGCAAUGAUGCAGAUUUGCGCUGAAAAGCACGGCUGGGCAGAAUUCAUUUCCAUGCAGAAUCAGUAUAGUCUCAACUACCGCGAAGAGGAGCGCGAGAUGAAUCGAUUCUGCAAUGAAACAGUCGUCGGCCUGAUCCCGUGGGGUCCCCUGGACUCAGGCAGACUCGCCCGGUCCAUACAAGACGUCGCUACCACAGAUGGAUUGGGCGACACUAGCCCGGAUGCAAUCCCGACUGCAGAUGCAGCAAUAAUCCAUCGCGUGGAGGACUCGGCGAUGAACAAGGGCUGGUUCCAUGAGUCAGGUCGCUUUGGCAUGGAUUAG